UUUCAGCCGGAUUAAAAAAUACAGAAAAAAUCGAAUGACCGAAAUCUCAGAGAAUUGCUCAGUUACGAGAAAUGAAGAAAACUCUGAUAUAGAAGAAUUUCAAAUACCUAUAGUGACGAUUCAUCGAUCUAUGAUCAUAGAAAAUAAUUUGUACAAGUCAGCAUCAGUCUCAGAAUACGAGUACCCAACGGAUUGGGAAUGGGAAGUUCAGCGAUGUAGAAUCAGUCUUGGAAAGUUGCUUGGAGAAGGUGCCUUCGGACAGGUCGUCCUGGCUGAAGCUUUUGGAUUCUUAAAAGGAGAUAAAACAGUUCCAGUGGCUGUCAAGAUGCUCAAAGAAAGCCAUUCGGAUGAUGAUGUUGAGAAUCUUGUGUGUGAACUCGAGAUCAUGAAGAUGGUGGGAAGGCAUCCAAACGUUAUCAACUUGCUCGGAUGCUGUACCAACGAUGGUCCACUGUACGUCAUCAUGGAGCACGCGAUUCAUGGAAGCUUGAAGGGAUUUCUGCUAGAACAUAUUUUGGAAUCUGAUGAAGCUGAGAAGAAAACCAUUACAAUUCAGCAAUUAGUAUCCUUUGCAUCGCAAAUUGCCUCCGGAAUGGUGUAUCUUUCGUCGAUCAAGUGCGUUCAUCGAGAUUUGGCCGCCCGGAACAUUCUCGUCGCAGAAGGACUCGUCAUGAAGAUCUCCGACUUUGGACUUGCCAGGGACGUUCACCACCAGGAGUACUAUCGAAAGCUGACCGCUGGCAGGAUGCCAAUUCGCUGGAUGGCACCGGAAUCGCUGGAGUUUCUAUUUUUCGACUCGAAAACCGACGUUUGGUCAUAUGGGGUGCUGCUCUGGGAGAUUAUGACUCUUGGAGGUCAACCGUAUCAGUUCCUGCCAGCAAGAGAAAAUUUGCUGAGGUACUUGAAGCAAGGACAUCGAUUGGAGCAGCCAAGGUUCUGUCCCGAUAAGGUUUAUCGUGUUAUGAAUCAGUGCUGGCAGAGCAACCCCGAACAGAGAUCAUCGUUUAUCGAAAUUGGAGAGCAGUUGAAGACCUGUUUGGAUGAAGCUCCUGAUGAAAAACUUAAUUUGAACCAUGAUUGAUAAAUGACGAAUGCUCAAAAUAAAAUCAACUCAAAUCUUCAUUUUGACAUCAGCCUUCCCAAAAUCUCGAAUGUCGUCCAAAAUACCCGAACGGAUACCCUCCACCAGAAUGUCCUUGGACCCCCAACGCAAGACUCCAACCUUUUUUGGCAACAUUCUUUCCGCUCCAUCCGCCAACAUCCGCUGCGGCAACAUCAUUUAUGAAAUUUGAUAUUUUCAUUCUUUCGCAACAUCGCCAAAAAAGAGUCGCCUUCUCCAAAAUCGCAGACAAAGUUUUCGUGUCGUCAUUUUUCGA